CUAGUUCUGUUUAAGCCUGUACAGUUUGCGCAGGGAACAGGAAGAGAGGGAGUGUGUAUGUGUGUGUACGUGAGGACGAAAGCUCUGUUUACCGUGGUAGGGACCGAGGGCAGCUAUGGGGAAUUCACAGAAGAAGGUCCCUGGUCAUGGAGAAGGAGGGGGCUCACACUCUCAACCUGGGACCCCGGGACACAGGAGGAGUCAUGGAAACAGCACAGCCAACAUGAAGGAAGUCCAAGGGAAGAGCACGGCAGUCAAUGGCACCCUUCCAGCCGGCAAGAACCAGGAUGAGCCUCAGUCCUGCAGUCCUGCCGUCACUGGUAGGGCUGGAGAGAGCUGUAAUCUGGACGCCCCAUGUGGGGCCCUUCCUCCUCCACUCGCCCGGCUCAAAAACGAGGGAAAUAUGUUGUUUAAAAAUGGACAGUUUGGAGAUGCACUGGAGAAAUACACACAGGCCAUCGAUGGAUGUAUAGAAGCUGGCAUUGACAGCCCAGAAGAUCUAUGUAUUCUGUACUCGAACAGAGCCGCAUGUUUCCUGAAAGAUGGCAAUAGCACAGACUGCAUCGAGGAUUGCACCAGGGCCCUGGAGCUCCACCCCUUUUCCCUGAAACCCCUCCUCCGGCGAGCUAUGGCGUAUGAGUCCCUGGAACGUUACAAGAAGGCUUAUGUGGAUUAUAAAACGGUAUUGCAGAUAGAUAUCAGCGUGCAGGCCGCUCUUGACAGCGUGCACAGAAUCACUAAAAUGAUGAUAGAACAGGACGGCCCUGAUUGGCGGGAGAAGCUUCCAGAUAUUCCAAUGGUUCCUCUGUCUGCUCAGCAGCACCGCAGAGAAGAACCGAGUGCAGAGCUUCUGCAGGCCCGAGCAGCCAGAGCAGAGGAGGAAAAGGCCAGAAAAGCAGAGGCUCGCUUUACAGUGCUGAAACAAGAGGGAAACGAACUGGUGAAUAACGGACAGUAUCAAGGUGCUGCGGAUAAAUAUACAGCAUGUCUGGCUAUCAAACCGAAUGAAUGUGCCAUCCACACCAACAGAGCGCUGUGCUAUCUCAAGCUGGAAUGUUUUGAGGAGGCCAAACAGGACUGUGACUCUGCACUUCAAAUGGAGCCAAACAAUAAGAAAGCAUUUUACAGACGAGCUCUGGCCCACAAAGGCUUGAAGGACUACCUGUCAGCCAGCACUGAUUUACAAGAAGUACUACAGUUGGACCCGAAUGUGCAAGAGGCGGAGCAAGAACUAGAGCUGGUGACUAACCUGCUGAGAGAAACUCUGUUAGCUGGAGCUCAAGGUUGACAGAAGCAAUAAAUUAUUAAAUGAACUAAAAGCUACAGGAAGAACAGACCCUCCUUCAUUAAAGCCAGAAACAGUGGAUCCAGCGAGCUGGAGAAUCCAGCUUCAGUCCUGGAGGCAGAGAACUCACGCGUCAGGAGGGUCUAUUCAUCUUUAUGCAGACUGUCAUAUGCUGCAACGAAAGUUUCCCAUCCAUCCAUCCAAAUUUACAUCACUUUCUUCUAGGAUUAUUGCAUCUGAUGCAAUGCUGACAACGCAAAGCAUGCAAACUGUUUAUUCUCUCUAACCCUGGCUUUAGUAGGCACGCUUGGAAAAGGUUUAUGAAACUGGAAUCAUGUGUUACGAUGUGUAAGAGAGAAUGUGCCUUUUUGAUGAAGUCUUGGCUCACACAUAGUGUGUUGUAACACUCUUGGACAAACUGUGUAGAAAAAUUAGAUUUUUCAGGAUUUAAUAUAUUUUAUUGGCUAUUCCAUUGUACUGUAAUAGACGUACAAAUAGCUUAUUGUAAUGUUAUGUUACUUUUUUUAAAUUUGCCUUCCAGCUCAACAAUUAAUUUCAAUGUGCACAGAAAACAAAAUUCACAAGGUGUGAAUAAAUGCAAACUAAAAUUAGAUGUAGGUUUUCUGUAGGAUGUCAGCAAAUGAAAUAUAUUUCAGAUGACCAACUUUGCAAAAGCUAAAUAAAUGACUUUAUUAAAGUGAAAUAUUUUCAGUUAAACUCACAUGUAUCUGUUGGUGAACUAUCCAAAUAUGAAAUAAGCAAUACUAGAUGGCUGAUGAUCCUUAUGAUGACUAGGUUUUAUGCAUAUAACUAUUCAAGUCAUAACUGGAAUUGACAAACUAUAUAAUUAGAUUAUAUUUCAGUACAAGGUGUAUAUUUUUUUCCAACUGUACUAUAGUAUAAAUAUUUACUGCCUUUUAAAUUACAUGUUGAAACGUUUCGGCAUGGCAAUAAAAAGAUACUG